GACCCGUUUCCUUUUGAGCUCAGUGCGGCAGUCGUAGCCAUGUUCCAUUCCAUGAACCAAAGCCGGCACGACUUGAAGGUGGGUUUACACCAAGCACAGCAGAGCUAUGAGAUGAAACUCCAGGAGUUGGAUUCGCAUCACAGCCAACAGUUGCACCAGCUGCGACAAAGGGCGCAAAAAGCCUUGGAAGAAGCAGAGCAGAGAUAUCAGGCCGACCUGUCGGAUCUCCGAAAGCGCUUAGAAGCUGAGCAAAGUUCCCGCUCAGCGGCGCAGUACCACAUAGAAAGUCUGCAGCGAAAUCUGAGACAUUUGCGCGACGAGUUGGAAGAGAAGCGCGAGGACGUCUCGGAGCUCCCCUUGCUACGGGAGACGUGCCGCCAUCAGCGCAACGAGCUGCGAGAGCUGCAGAAGCUGAAGCAGCAGCUGCCGGAGCUCCAGCGACAGCUGGAGGAGUCCCAAGCAGCGCAGAAGAAGUUGCAAGAGAAGUUGCGGAAAGCGCAGAAAGAGAAGGCGGAGAAAGUGCUGGAGGAGCCCGCAGAGAAGGCAUAUGAGAGAACGGCUGCACCAUACACUGGAUGGUCAGAAAUGCCUUCGCAGAUGGCUUGGUCUGAGCCUGCACCAAGCUAUGGCUAUGGCCAGGCCUAUCCCGACAGCGGCUUCAACGCAGAGAUUCCUCAGUCAGCUAUGCCAGAGAUCCAGACCAGCAUGGCUUGGGAGGGUGGCGAGGGCUCAAUGGAGGGACAGCAAACCUAUGGUGACACCUAUGGUGCGGAGAUGUCUCCGUAUGGAGAGGUACACUGGGCGCAGCAGGGAGUGGAAGGUGAAGCAGGCUUUUCACCCGGUUGGUCGGAGGCAGCACCACAGGUGAAAGAGAAGAAGAAAAAGAAGCACCGCGAUAAGAAGAUGAAGAAGGAGGAAGAACAUGCCAUGGAUGACUUUUCCAGUGUCUCCUCUACACCCACGGCCGAUGCCUGGGGUGGAGAGAUCGCCACAGCCGCCACAGCCGCGACAGCUGGUGGUGGGGGCGAUGGCAACAUCGAUGCGCAGGUGAAGAUGUUGAAAGACAUGGGAUUCGCUGAUGAGAAUCGUGUGAGAGUGGUGCUGGAGGCCGUGGGAAACGACGUGGAAAAGGCUGUGCCCGUGCUUCUCUCCGAGCACUGACAGACUGAGUCGCGGACUCUACACAGAAAGCGGCCACAAAACAAGGGGCGGAGGACCUUGC